AUGCAGGGGGGCUCCUUUGGCCGGGGCACAGCCCUGAAGAGCAGCUGCGAUGCUGAAUUGGUCAUCUUCCUUAACUGCUUCAAAGACUACCGGGACCAGGGGACCCUUCGAGCAGAAAUCCUUGAUGAUAUGAGAAUGCAGCUGGAAUCAUGGGUCCAGAACCCAGUCCCCGGCCUGAACCUUGAGUUUCCUGAACAGAACAAGCCCGGAACUUUACAGUUCCAGCUGACAUCUGUGGCCCUGGAAAGCUGGGUAAACAUGAACCUGCUGCCUGUCUUUGAUGCUGUAGCCUAUGCCCUGGAGCUCCUCACCAUCUUCGCCUGGGAGCAGGGCUGCAAGAAGGAGAGCUUCCACAUGGCCCAAGGCUUCCGGACUGUCCUGGGGCUGGUCCAGCAGCACCGGCAGCUUUGUGUGUAUUGGACUGUCAACUAUGGCCUUGAGGAUCCAGCUCUAAGAACGCACGUGCUUGGCCAGCUCCAGAAACCCAGACCCCUAGUCCUGGACCCAGCUGACCCCACCUGGAAUGUGGGCGAGGGCAACUGGGAGCUGUUGGCCCAGGAAGCAGCAGCCUUGGAGACGCAGGCCUGCUUUGUGAAUGGAGAUGGGACGCCUGUGCUGCCCUGGGAUGUAAUGCCCACCCUCCUUUACCAAACCCCGGCCGGGGACCUCAACAAGUUCAUCAGUGAGUUUCUGCAGCCCACUCGCCAGUUCCUGGACCAGGUGAACAAGGCUGUCAACACCAUCUGCUCGUUCCUGAGGGAGAACUGCUUCCGGAACUCUCCCAUCAAAGUGCUCAAGGUGGUCAAGGGUGGCUCUUCUGCCAAAGGCACAGCUCUGCGUGGCCGCUCGGAUGCUGACCUGGUGGUCUUUCUCAGCUGCUUUGGACAGUUCACCGAGCAGGGGAACAGGCGGGCUGAGGUCAUCUCAGAGAUUCGAGCCCAGCUGGAGGCAUGCCAGCGGGAAAAGCAGUUUGAGGUGAAGUUUGAGAUCUCCAAGUGGGAGAACCCCCGUGUGCUGAGCUUCUCAUUGAUGUCUCAGACAACAAAGGACCAGAGCAUAGACUUUGACGUGCUACCAGCCUUCGAUGCCUUAGGCCAGCUUGGGUCCGGCGGCCGGCCCAGCCCUCAGGUCUAUGUGGACCUAAUCCACAGCUACAGCAAUGCAGGCGAGUACUCCACCUGCUUCACAGAGCUGCAGCGGGACUUUAUCAUCUCCCGCCCCACCAAGCUGAAGAGUCUGAUCCGACUGGUGAAACAUUGGUACCAGCAGUGCAACAGGAUGCCCAAGGGCAAAGGCUCCCUGCCCCCUCAGCACGGGCUGGAACUCCUGACAGUAUAUGCCUGGGAGCAGGGCGGACAGGAUCCUCAGUUCAACAUGGCUGAGGGCUUCCGUACUGUCCUGGAGCUAGUCAGCCAGUACCAUAAGCUCUGCAUCUACUGGACCACCAACUACAAGACCGAGAACAAGACCAUUGGAGACUUCCUGGAACUGCAGCUGAAGAAGCCCAGGCCCAUCAUCCUGGAUCCAGCUGACCCGACAGGCAACCUGGGCCACAAUGCCCGCUGGGACCUGCUGGCCAAGGAAGCUGCAGCCUACAUGUCUGCCCUCUGCUGCAUGGGCAAGGAUGGCACCCCCAUCCAGCCCUGGCCUGUGAAGCCCAGGAUUUGGGGCGCCUCGGGACUAGUGUCAGCGCCAGCUGCGCUCGGGGCGCGAUCUGUCUCCUCCCCUUCCUCCGCCCCCGCCCCUCCCCCGAACGCGGCAGCCACCGCCUCCCACCCGCGGGAUCCCGGUGUCCGGCUGCCUGCUUCUGUGUCCGUGGGUCUGCGAGGCUGUCGGUCGGCGCUCGGCGGCCGCGGGGCCUGUGAGGACCGGGGAGCAGAGGCGGGACCGCGGCUCCCUCCGGCUCGGGGGGAGCCCGGGCGGCGGCGGGGCGGAGGCGCGAGCCGACUGGGAAGCAGAGCGGAGGAGAGGGGCGGUAAGAAUGUGGGGCGCGAGGGGACCCCACCCCCGGCUCCUGCAGGGCCCGCGCGAUUUGGGGAGAGCUGUGCUGGGAAGGGGAGUCGUCACCCCCCAAAGCGGGAGGCAGCGAGUGCCCCAACUCGCGGUGUCUCCCCUACCCUGUCGCGACCCCCCCAGAGCCCCUGGGCUGAGCCUGCAGCGCCGCGCAUCCCCGCGCCCUGCACCCCCGGGCUGGGAGCGAGCCAGGGAAAGGGGAGCGCGCGGAGUUGGGUUGGGGGCGCCGCCGGCAGGCACCUCAGAAGGUCGCGAGCACGAGUGGGGUGGGGCGUGCCCACGGGCCCCCGCCCCCCUGGGCUCCCAACCCGACUCCGGAGCUGCAGCCCAGGCCGUUGGGCCUUGGGUGCGCUUCGCCUCCCUCGGGUGCGUUCUGCGGCCACCCAGGCAGGCUUUCCAGGACGCUGUGGAGAGAGGACAAGGGUACAGGGACGCCCCCUUCUGCCGGAGCCGUCGGGGGGCGGACCCAGGCUUUGCGAGCAGCUCCGCUGGAGCCAGGCGCAGGGUCUGGGACGAGGUUGGGAGCGCAGAGAGCUGGCUGGACGCCACGGUGGCGGCGGCGAGCUGCAGGCUGGGUCCCGGGCCUCCUGGGUGACAGGCCCUGAGCGGCUGGAAGAAUGA